AUGAAAAAUAAAAUCACAGACAUCAUUGACAACAAGGAUAUCAUUAUCAUUGAUGAUAAUUAUCGCGAUCAUAAUAUAAUGGUCGUGGUGGUGAUGAAUGGUGAUGAUGAUUAUGAUGAUGAUGGUAAUGAUGGUCAUGGUAAUGAUAAUGAUGGUAGUGAUGGUAAUGAUGAUGAUAAUGUUAAUGAUAAUGAUGGUGAUGAUAAUGGUGAUGACAGUGGUGGUUUUGACAAAUUGAAAAAACAAUGGUGA